AGUACGAUAUGAAGGGCGUUCGUGACGUUUUGAAGAGCACAUUCCUUAUACCGACGGCAAAAGAUGGGGACCAUAGCUCACUCGUACAACGAGAGGCGCUCCACUCCUUUAUAGUUGCGGUAACUUUCGACUGCCUCGACGAAGCCCGGUUCGCGCUACGAGAAGUCAUCAAAUGUGACUGGUGGAGUGAAUUAGAGAGGUUAAAAGCGUUCAGUAUCCCGCUACCCCUUCUUCACAUCGUCAUGGUAGCCCGUGCAGAACGAAAAGCCACCCUAAGGCUGAUGGCGGACGAAAUUGUUCGGAUGCCAGUCGUAGGCUUGGGCUUCCAUGAAGUCACGGAAGAGCUCGAAGACUAUCUUCUCGAGCGCAGCCACAACUUGAUGAAAUACCUCUAUCUCCAAAUCGAGAACCAGCCUUCCUUCGAACGACUAAAGCGGGCAGUCUGUGACACCAACUUCGGCGCACUGGCGGAAGAUGUAUUUAGAAGCCGUCAUGUUCUUAGCAAGUUGUUCGCUCGACUCGAGGAGAGGGAGUUGGAAGCGGCGGCCUUCGAAGCGGAACUACCUGAUUUACUAGAUCUACUCUACCCAUAA